CGGGACCUCGGGCGCAGAUCGCGUCGCCGCGGGAACGAGCGAGGGAGGCAAACGGCCGAUCGGGAGCCUCGGAACCGGGGAGAGAGAGAGCCCUGGUCCCCUUGCGAUGCGCCCACGCAAGGGGGCAGCGGGACGGAUGCCAUGGGACCCCCGGCUCGGCGCCAGUGGAGACCCCGCACUCUGCGCACCGCGGCCUUUUUGGUGCUGCCCUUAGUUCUACGUUGUGAUUCUUUGGUGAACGUCUCCCUCCCUGCUCUUGUACAGAAGCUUUGCGAGAAUCAACCAGUGCUUCAGAACCUAACAGGUCCAUCCUGUCGGGCCACCACGGACCAGAUUGGGACCUGCUGGCCACGGAGCAGCGCCGGGGAUCUGGUGGCGCGACCUUGCCCUGAGUUUGUCAACGGAGUGAAGUACAACACCACUCGUGAGUAGCCUGAGACCCUUCCUCAUUCGGAGAAGAUGAGCCUCCACAACUGCAAAAAUGUUUUGCCCAU